AGAACACAAGUGGUGCUUUAUCCACUCCCAGUAAGAGGAAACCUUAAAAGCCUCAGCUAAGCCCGCUUUUACCUCCACUUUCCCUCCAUUUUGACCCACGCAGAGACGCGCACAUGGCAGCAUCAGCCCCGCAGCAAGCAGGCCGAGGCGCUCGAAUGUUGGCCUUGGCUUUACUCCUCAUCGGCACAAUCGUGAAUGCUGGAGUUGGAGCACAAGAUGAGGACAUUGUCACAGAAGCCAUGCCAACCAUGCGUCCAGAAGACUACAUCCGAGGAGAUAUGAUUCCGGGUGUAACUCCUCUUGACGGUGACUAUGAAAAACUCACAGCUCUGUUAGACUCUGACGCACCCGCUGAGCAAACUACACCCGUGCCAACUCCCGUACCAACGACUGACGAAGAGGAAGCGACUGCGGCCGAAAUUGAUGCAGCUGACGACGGACAGGUCACAAUAGAGGUGUAUCCUGACCAACCCCAAAUCCAGGAGCAACAGACCCCCGCACCUUUGCCCGGUAGAGGAGACGGCCCAGACAACAUUCUCAGGAGCGAUGUGGUGUGUGUCGGGAAAGAGGUGCUCCAGGAUAAAAACGCUGUCAAUCUGAAACUCGCCCACUCUUCCAACUGUGAAACGACCAAAAUGAUGAUUCAGAGUGUUAUCGAGGAGUUGUGUGGGGAUGACUGCAAGCUGGAACUCUACCAGGAGGAGAACACAGACCAGAUCCUUGUUUCUGGACAGUAUGUUGAAGAUGAUAUCAAAGGCAUGGUCAACAAGUUUAAUAAUGAUAACAUCAAAGAUAAGGCCGGAGUAAAGGAGGCAGCUCCUCACUGGAGAAAGAACUCUAAACUGGUGCUGGUUUCCCUGCUGGUCACUGGCUUGCUUUUGGCCGCACUGCUGGCAGCUGGGUACUACUUUAAGACCCACCGCAAGAAUUCCAAAGGAGUCCGGCUGGCCGAGUCCUACCAGGUGGAUGAGGAGAACCAGGCCAACACCCUGGUGUCUGUCGCCCCCUUGCCUCAAGAGCCCCUUGACAAGGCCACCGCCAACGGAGACUCUCCGCCAGAAAACGGAACCAGCCCCUCCCCGACCACUAACGGCCACUCUGCCGCUGCCCAGACCCCAGUGGCCGACACGGAGAUGUGAAUCUUAACACAGACACAACCCCCCCCCUCUCGACCUUAAACCUUCAACCACCAGUUUAAUACACUACUCACAAUAGCCAACUGCUGCCUUGAAGGGUUUCCACACUUUGGAAAAACAAAUUGAGCAAAAUCAACUGUCCUUCUUACCUGCAACCAACUCCCACUUCCCCUAACGCCGCUACUCCAUACUGGCUCCGUGUUUCCCUCAGACUGAGUCCUACCAGUUGAAUGAUGAGCACCAGCCCAACACCCUGGUGUCUGUUGCCCCCUUGCCUCAGGAGCCCCUUGACAAGGCGACCGCCAACGGAGACUUUCCGCCAGAAAACGGAACUAACCCCUCCCCGACCACUAACGGCCACUCUGCUGCCCAGAACCCAGUGGCCGACACGGAGAUGUCAACCAAUCAAUCAAAGUUUACUUAUAUCGCCCUGAAUCACAAAUGUCUCAAAGGGCUGUGAAUCUUGACACACUAAGGGUUUCCACACUUUGGACAGACACAUUGAGCAAAAUCAACUGUCGUUCUUGCUUGCAACCAACUCCCACUGCCCCUAACUCCGCCACGCAGGAUGAGGGAGACAGUGAGAUCCAUCAUGACAAUAAUGACAAUGCCUGUAAUGUGAAAAGUCUGCCUUCCAAGAGGAGUCCAUUUAUUUGGGAAUGAAACAGCUCAGAAGCGUGCUGACUGGCAUCUUGAAGUAACAGAAAUUCUACAGUCACUCGAGUAAUGUGCUGUUGGUUCUCAACAUAAGUUACUUUUUCUUUGUUACACCAAGGAAGGAGACCAUCUUUUAUAUUCUUGUACAAAUGUAUUGUUUUUUUUUUUUUUAUCGUGCUUUUGUAUUUUUUUUUUUUUUAUCUUCUAAUGCACCCGAAAUCUCAUCAAAACAGUAAAAUGUACAACUGGUAAUGUCAAUUAUAUCAAUGAAUGAAUCCUCUUUGCCCUUUUUAGAGCAUAAGGUCUCAGCGAGUUGUCUCCACCUCUUUCAGUCCUCUUCAUCAUCUUGCCACGAGGUGUUGGCUAUGCCUAGAUCUGUGUCCACAGCCGUAGCCUCCUUCUCGUCCCAAUGGCAGCUCUGCCGAUAGAUGUUGGAGGUUUCCGAAGACUUUGACGAGCUUGUGACCUGUUUUUACUAGCAGUUCCUAGAUACAGAUUCUGUUAGGCCACCAAAUUCCUAAAAUGUGGCAUAGUCUUGAGUUAAGGAAGGUCUUGAGUUUCACAAUGUUGAGUUGUGUCAGGCCCCAGCCGUGCAGAAGGAUGAACUUCAUGUUGGAUUCAACGAUUCGUAAUUUGGUGUUGGUGGCGGUGUUACUGGACCUCCAGACUGGUUUUAACCGGGCAAACACAGCUUUGGCAUUCCCUGUGGGUGCCUCCACAUCCUUGGUUCAAUUGACGGGGAAUUAAUGGGUUGCAAAUAAAUGUGGGCGAGUUAGAGAAGUAUCAGCCAGAAACCAGAGCUCAGGUCCAAGGGUAUCGUCAUACAGCAUUUGGAUUUAAUGAAGAAAGCAUUGGGACUUUUUACAGACAUCAUUUAAAAACCUAAGUAUUUCUCUUUGUGCUGCAAACUUUAGGCAAAUCCAAAUCAAAAAGAAGGACUUUUUUGCUUUUGUACAUUUGACUUUUCAUACAAUAUGAGUGUACAGCUUUUUUCACCUACACUGAUUGCCCUGUUUCCACGAGAAUUGCAUCAACAUUGUCUUUUAUUAGUUAAUAAAGCAGAAAAGCACAAAAAGUCAAUGCUUCGCUUACUCAACCUCCAAGUCCACCGCUGUAGCACUUGAAAGAAUAAUAAUAAGAAAAAAAAAGCAUGUCAAAUGUAUUUAAGUGCAUUACCGAAUGCAGCUGGGAUAGGCUCCAGAGAGAGACAAGCGGUAGAAAAAUGGACAGAUGGAUGUUAGCCAGACAUUGGGUUUGCAGGCAAUCCACUUUUUGUACGAUUCGGUAUUUCAUGAAAACCUUGCUCCAGUUAAAGAACAAACUCAUUCUCAAGGUUGAUCUUCUUUCUCCUCAGUAUCAUCAAGUAUUUUUCUAGUGAAUUCAACUGAUAAAUAAGCCGGUUUGGAGCCAAAAAAGUUGCACGUGCUAGCAGUUUGAUAGAAAUUAGGUGAAAAACAUGAUUCAAUUCAAAAUAGAACUAGCAAAGUACCAAGGUACCCACAAAAAUUAUGUACAUUUUUUAUUUAUCCAUUUUAUUUGUCAUUUAUAUCUAUCUUUUGUUAUUGUUAUCUGCAUGUACAACUACAAUUAUUCUCUAUUAAAUGUGGUUUGUGUUUA